AUGCAGAAGUCGCGGAGAGCGCUCGUGAAGAGGAAGGCGGCGGCGGCGCAGGAGCACGAGCAGAGCGCCGGCGCCGCCAAGGCCGCCGGGAGGAAGAGGCGCCUCUACGGCUUCUCCGCGUCCCUCGUCGUCGCGUCAUGGGUCGCGCUCCUCCUCCUCAACUCCUUCGUCGGCCACGGCGACGGUCAACGAGAUGGAGGAGACCCCGUUGCUGCCCGUCCUGUCGCUGAGCCUUCCAUCAAUGAAGGCUAUGUUAGUUCUGGUGCUGUACACCAGAACCGUGAGGAGAGUUUGACAGUGUCUGACGAUACAUGUGUGAAGCUUGAUGAAAGUGCCCCGCUUUCAGAAGAGACGCUGCCGCAGAAAGAUGAGCUGUGUUCCAGUGAUGAUACUCCAAGUGAUGACAUGGAAGCUCUGGCCAAUGAUAAUCAGCUUGAGCUGUCAGAAGAUCAAGGUGAUCCUCUUCCGAAAAUCACCGAUUCUGGCGCUCAUCCAGCGGAGAAGGUGGAUGCUGAAGACGUCCCAAAGCCAGCAAGACUGGCACGUGUUGUUCCUCCUGGUCUUGACGAGUUCAAGACGAGAGCGAUCGCCGAAAGGGGGCAGGACGCCUCUAGCCAGACUGGCCACGUGAUCCACCGCAGGGAACCUAGCGGGCAGCUGUACAAUUACGCUUCGGCCGCUAAAGGGGCCAAGGUUCUGGAUUUCAACAAGGAGGCCAAGGGCGCUUCCAACAUCCUGGACAAAGACAAGGACAAGUAUCUCCGCAACCCUUGCUCCGCGGAGGGGAAAUUUGUCGUCCUAGAGCUUUCUGAGGAAACCUUGGUAGAUACCGUUGCGCUUGCGAAUUUUGAGCACUACUCGUCUAAUUUGAAAGAGUUUGAGAUGCUGAGCAGUCUUGUUUAUCCCACGGAGAACUGGGAGACACUUGGGAGAUUCACUGUCGCAAAUGCGAAGCAGGCUCAGAGUUUCACUUUUUCAGAGCCGAAGUGGGCUAGGUAUCUGAAGCUGAAUUUGCUGAACCAUUAUGGUUCUGCAAGCUACUGUACGCUGAGCAUGCUUGAAGUGUAUGGGAUGGAUGCUGUGGAAAAGAUGCUCGAGAAUUUGAUCCCUGUUGAGAACAGGAAUGUUGAAUCUGAUGAGAAGUCGAAGGAUCCUGUUGAGCAAACACCUGUGAAGGAGCCUAAUGGUGGGAAAGACUCCUCACAGGAACCCCUUGAUGAAGAUGAAUUUGAACUAGAAGAUGAUAGAGCAAAUGGUGAUUCUUCGAAGAAUGGUGCUCAUGAUCAGAUUAUAGAGACAAGGACCCUUCAGGCUGGCAGGAUUCCUGGAGAUACAGUUCUCAAGGUGCUCAUGCAGAAAGUUCAAUCCCUUGAUGUGAGCUUUUCUGUCCUGGAACGGUACCUAGAGGAAGUCAACGGCAGAUAUGGGCAAAUUUUUAAGGAUUUUGACGCUGAUAUUGAUAGCAAAGAUGCACUAUUGCAGAAAAUUAAAUUGGAGUUGAAGGAGCUUCAGAACAGUAAAAAUCACUUGGCCAAAGAAAUUGAUGGCGUCCUCUCCUGGAAGUUAGUUGCUUCCUCACAGUUAGACCAGCUUGUCCUGGACAAUGCCAUACUCAGGUCAGAGUUUGAGCGAUUUAGGGAUAAGCAGGUUGACAUGGAGAAUAGGAGUCUUGCUGUCAUAUUUCUUAGUUUUGUUUUUGGUUGCCUAGCCAUAGCUAAAUUGUCCAUAGGUAAGAUAUUCGAUAUCUGUAGAUUAUAUGAUUUUGAAAAGUUCCAUAGUAGGGUAAAAUCCGGAUGGCUUGUGUUGCUGCUGAGCAGUUUCAUUAUAGCCUCCAUUUUGGUAAUACAGUGAUGUAUGUAAUCAACUCCAUAUGUAAUGGCGGCUGCAUAGUGUAAUUCCAUGAGGUAUCUAAUUCAAAUCGGAUCACAUCUCCGAGAUCUUAGAAAAAAUCUCAGUAAUAAAUAUUCAACUUCACCAGUGAUCUCAGUAAUAAAUAUUCAAAUUCACCAGUUAUCUCAGUUUUGGAGGGAAGGAAAGGAAGUCAUUUCUUAAAGGUUGCAGCAGAGUACUAGAACAAGUCUAAAACU